UUUUUUUUUCUUUUUUCUUUUCAUAUUUUUCUUUGUUCUGCAAUUGGAGUUAAUAUGACAACAAAAGAAUCCUCACCACCUUUAACAACAACUUCAACUACUUUGUCAUCAAAGACACCAUCAGUCAGUAAUGAUAACGUUGCUACAGAUAGGGUAUCACCAGCACCUUUAGAAACAACUAACGGUACUUAUUCAUCUCAUCGUCAUCCUCGCGAUCGAAGAGACAAUCGGUCUCGAUCACCUUCUCAACGAUACUCCAACCAUCAUGAUGAUCGUUAUGAACGUAGAGACAGCCACCGGAUGAAUCGAUAUGCCCAACAAGAUCGACAUUAUUCGACUACUCAUGAACACCAUCAUUAUCCUCCUCGACGCGACUUUCGUAGUGAAGACCGAUACAGCAAUAACGAGAAUAAUGACAGACGCAGUAGAUAUCAUCGUCAUCACCUUCCUCCUCAAGACCGAUAUGAAUCUCGCUAUGACCAUUCUAGAUAUGACAGCAGAUAUCGUGAUGAUCCGUAUCGAUCCUCCUAUGAUUCCUAUUCACGCCCUUCUUAUCACUAUCAUCGCCAAUCUGCACAUUAUUAUGAAGAUCGUCGUCAGUAUGAUUCAAGAUCGCGACCUACAAGACGUGUGAUUGAUAGAGGGACAGAAGAAGAACGCCAAAAUUCAUCCGUAUUAUUUGUGGGGAACUUGCCUUACGCCUUCCGUGAACAAGAUGUUGCUAGGAUGUUUGAAAGAUAUGGAAAAUUAGCUAAGAUCACCAUACCUAUUGAUACUUUGACAACCAAAAAUAAAGGAUUUGCCUUUGUUGAAUUUGAAGAACGUCAUGAAGCCCAAGAAGCAUUAGACAAUUACCAAGGGUUCAGUGUAGAAGGACGUAGAUUGAAAUUGGAUUGGGAUAUUGGAUUAGAUCGAAAAGAUACACGACGGUCAACACAACAAUCAUCAUCAUCAUCAUUAAAAGAAGAAGGAUAUCGAUCUGCACAUCAUGAAGCGAGGUAACGAAAAUCGACACGUUGUGUUUAGAAAAAAAGAAAAAAAAAAGAAAAAAAAAGAAAAUGGAGGAAUUGAAUGGCAUUUUUCGUCGUUGCUGUUUAUCAUCAACAAUUGUAUAUCUCAUUUUUAUACCCCUCUAUAUAACAUCACUACCAUUAUCAACAACUACGCCACAUCGAUUUUAUUUUUCCCAUUCUCUGUCAACGGUACUUCCACCCAUACUAGAUCCUCACCUCCAUCAGUAUCACCUCUACAAUAUUCUCGUGCUGCUGGUCGGUCUACUGAUACAUGUAAGUCGUUCUUUUCAAUCGACACCAUCAUUCAAAAUAAAUUACUCAUUACAAACUAUAACAUACGUUUCUUCUUCUUUUUUAUAUAGAUAUCCCUUUUCAAGAAAUGCCU